UGUCGGGUACACAUUUUAUCGCGCCAAACUCGAGAAAUCUGUUUACGCGUGUGUGUGCAUUCCCGCCAUUACCGUAGUGGUUCAUUCUUAAAUGGCUCUGCCGUACUCCCCUCUCCAACGAGACGAUGGACUCGCCCGACGGGCAAAGAUUCUCUAACGUAACCAAUUCCCGCGUUUCCAAAAUUAAGUUACAAGACAUUUCCGCGCGGAACGAUCGCAAAAAAUCGCCGCUAUUUUUCUGAGCCCGUCCCAACACAAAACAAAUCCGUUUCGCGUCGCUGGAAGAGAUUUUCUCGGGACGCGAUUUGGGUUCGGCCAUUUUGGAGUGGGGAAGGUUAGGGAGAAAAACACGGGAGUGUUUCUGUCAAUCGUGCGCCGCGUAUCAAGCCCCAUACACGCGGCACCAAGCGUUCGCCGAACGAUCAGGCCACGGACAAUUAUUAUCCUCCUCGAAACGGUGCCCGUGUAUUUAAAGUAACGAAGAAAAAUACCGCGGCGAGCAUCCCUUUGUCGGCCAUGUGCAUAAGUGCAUCGUUUUAAAGUGUCCUCGCGAGUCGUGCCGCGGCCGGCCAAUCCCGCGCCGCCGUACGGGUCACAUGACCGCCGUCGGCCAAUCCGCGCGUAGGGAUUUGAAAUCGUGCGUGGUCUUUGUUCACGAACCUGCCGUGUCAACGUUACUUCAGUUCCGUAAAGGGGGCCUUGUGUCGGUGUCCGUUUAUGCAUGGUCGCUGCCAAAAAUCCGCGCGACUCCUAUCGUAAAUAUAUGUGUGAGAGUGGUGUUUCGCCGCGAGGACGACGUACUCCAAGGAUCGUCGAACACACGUCAGGUGAAUGUUGGAUACGGAGAGUAGACACAGUACUGGGCUGGAUCAGGGACCAACUAGGGACCCUUGGCUCACAAUGGAUUACUAUCUUGGCACGGACAGUCUGUCGCUUCAGGAAAUGCUGGACGUGGACAUUAAAUGCGAAAUUGAAGGUGUCAUUGGUGGACACACAGAGUUGGGCUUCAAUUUCACAGAUAUGUCCACCCUAGAGAUGGAUGACGAUCCCAUUGGGUGCCAGAAUGAUCUCAGCGGAUGGUUUGGAUCCACCAGUCUCUUGAAUGGCAACAGUAACAGUUCAAACAGCAAUUUCAAUUUAGACCUCAGCGGAGGUGAUGCAGCCUCCAUCAUGGUGAAUCCCAACUCAGUCAUGCCACACAUAGCAGUCCGAAGUCCUACUCCCAACAACACCAGGAGGCAUUUCUCGUUUUCACCGAAAAGGGAAAUCAAGGAGGAGAAGAUUGAUGUUGAAGAGGAAAUGGAGAACGAAGCCGGGAGUUGCACAGAGAACGAGAAUGAGAACGAGAAUGAACAGGAAAAUGAUAUCGAGAACGACACCGAGACAGAACAGUAUGAGAACGACAUCACGGAGACCGAGGAGGACUCUGAGGAUGAACAGGAAAUUUCAAAGCCCGUGACACCGACCAAGUCGAAAACUGUUUCCAUAUCCACUAUAAAGACCACUUCUCCCCAAUACGCAAGGACACAGGCUACCCCCAAAGUGAACGGUAUGUCCAGCAUCAGGGUACAGAACUUCAAAGUGUUGCAAAGCCCAAACCAAACCCCGCAACACGUGAGGAAACAAAUAUACAAUAACAACAUGCACGUCGGCCCGGGAACGACCACUGUCACUACAAUGAAAAGGGAGAAAGAGUUUGAUCUGUCCGACUACGACGACAAGCCGUACCCCAAACCAGCAUACUCGUAUUCCUGUCUGAUCGCUAUGGCGCUAAAGAACAGUCAGACAGGCUCUUUGCCGGUUUCAGAGAUCUAUAACUUUAUGUGCGAACACUUUCCAUAUUUCAAGACUGCGCCAAACGGUUGGAAGAACUCGGUGAGGCACAAUCUGUCGUUGAACAAGUGUUUCGAGAAGAUUGAGAAACCAGCGGGGAACGGGAACCAGAGGAAGGGUUGCCUGUGGGCUAUCAAUCCGGCCAAAGUGGCGAAAAUGGACGAAGAGGUGCAGAAGUGGUCCAGGAAGGAUCCCCUGGCUAUCAAGAAAGCGAUGAUCUAUCCGGAUCAUUUGGAGCUUCUAGAAAGGGGUGAGAUGAAAUACGCUGGCAGUGGGGACAUGUCCGAGGAGACGGAGAGUUCAGGCGACGAGGCUGUAGAAGAGAGCACAACGUACGACGAGUCUAUCCACAGUCACAUAGCAGCGAAUUCUGUGACUGACAGCUACGACGAGAGUAGCCAAGACUGUGAUAUAGAUAUCGUAGAACAUCUAUACGAUGAGAUAGAUAUAGAAGACAAUAAGGACGCGCUACACAUGCAGCUGAACAUCUCCAAGCAAGAAACGUUUGAAUACGAACUCAGCCCCACCACGAAGAGGCAGAAGACGUUAACAGGCGCGAUACAGGGGAAUUACGUAUAUCAGCCAGUGACGACAUCCAGGAGAAAAGCUCCCCUUCUCCUGCGAGCCGGAGCUGGUAAUGGCUCUUUUCUUAAGAUAGAUUGAACUCAGGCUCGGUUAAAACUCUUAAAUUUCUAGUUUUGUAUGUAUCCGUAGUUAUAAAACGUGACAGCAAGAGCAAUGAGUCUAUCCGAGGAACGCUGGGAGGAAAAUAGUUGAUACGCUAACUAUUUUGAUCUUUAGUAAAGGGAAAAUCUUGAAUACGAUCGAUCUUUUAAUCGGGGACUGGGAUCUCUAUCGCAUUGCGCUCUGUUUAAGUGAUUUUUCAUACAUUCGCUAGUAUAAGAGUAUCUAUAAAUUUUGUAUCCAUUCGUGAAUGGUAGUAGAGCAUACCCACGAGGAAGAAUGACUUCUGUGUGAGAGGGAAGAGCUUGUUAAAGAUUCGCCGAGAAGCUGUUCGAUUCAUAGAAUUUAUUUUAUCACGAAGCUGCACAUUUUUUCUAUUUUUCUACGGACAUUCGAUCAUGAUGUUAAUUAUAAGUUUUACACCGAGAACAAAAUAGCUUCUCGCUGAAUUUUCGGGCCAAUGACACAGGAGCCCUUCUUCGAAAUGAACGGGCGAUUCAUAUGUCACUUUACAUUUUGUCGAAUGUAACUGUCAUUUCUCACGGGUUUUGAACGUUUUGUAUCGUAUGGAAAACAGACAGUCUUCUCUGAAGAAGAGUGUUUGUUUUUAUCUGUGUAUUAUAAUUAACACGUCAGUAACUAUUACUAGAAAGCCCAUUUAAAUCUGGUUACCAUAUCCAACAGCUACUGCUGUUUAUUUAAAAAUAUCACAGUAUGAAUCAUCUGUGAUGCGGAAGAUUAUCAAGCGGACGUAAUUUCGAUUGUUAGUCUUAGAUCCGAGAAAAUAUCGUGAUGCAUGAUCGCGACACCGUUGGAAAAAAAACUCAACAAUCGAGAAUAAAAGUCAAAUGGUAUAUCAAUUAUUUUCCUCGGCAGUGACAGUUACAGUGUGUACUGUUCAAAACUUUCUUUUGCUUUUUAAUUGAGGUAGGUACAGUUGUACCUAGUUCUCUUUCAAACGACUUUUUAUACAGUUGACGAACUGAAUUUUCCAUGACGUACAGAAAAUAGGUAUAGUACAUGAUCGUAGCUCGUGAUCCGGACGAAGAAGGAACUUGCACGAGUAUAGGUUAAGUCGAUAAGUAUUUUUUGGUCAGCGAUUGGCCAGACUGAUGUAUUAUACUUUUUUUUAUACAUUGCUGGACUGCAAGUAAUUAUAAUUGUAAAUGUUUCCCGGUUUUGUAUACCUGACAAAUAAGUGAAACGACGUAGUUAGAUUUGAAGCAUAAUAUUAUGGGACAACAGGUAUAGAGUACAAAAAUGACGACAGCUGUGGGAAACGAUCUGAAUUUGUAAAAUUUUGUAGUAUAUAUUACUAAAUAUGUAGGGACGGUAGAGAAUAUCGUAUACCUGAUUUAUAAAAUACGUUCUUCUCGUUCCCGACAGAUUAACAGUUCUCGUCCUUUGUAUUUCUGUUUCUUUUCUCUUUAUUCUCCUCCUCCGUCUCUUUCAUUGCUCCCUUAGCUUUUAUUUAAGCGUAGCGUCAAAACUUUUCUAGAGUUCGUUCCUUUUCUGUUUUCUUUUUUAGGCCAGUGGAGCUAAACGACUCUCACGUCGAACGUGUAAUUAUUUUUCUCUUCUAUUUUUACCUUUAACUGAACAUUGAUCGUAUGUAUAUGUACAUAUACGUUUUUAGUCAUUCGUUGCAAGAGAGGAGAGGAAAAAUGUCUACUUAAUUUUAGGUUUUUUCUUCGUACAAUGUAAAACAACAAUGUUCUCCAAGCUUUCUUAAUACUUACACAACCAACGAGACAACCACUAUGCUCCUUUUAGACUGGAAAAAUGGAAUCCAAAAUUUAGAAAUAUCUUUCAAUUGAUUCCACUUGAUCUUCCAGUAAAGAAUUUAUAGGUUUUCAUUUCGCAUUAUUCUAAAAUAAUUUAGUUAUCAAUCUUUUAGUAGCAGCAAGCUGUUUGGAUCUUUGGUAGUGUAGGAGUUAAGAGUAACAAAAUUUGAAAACUGUGUUAAUAUGGCAAUUACGUGUGUCAGAGAAAAUGAGACGAGACUCACAGGCGAAGUUCUGUUUUUUUAUCAAGAAUAACAGUAUAGAAAUUCCAUAAGUGUUUAUAUUUUUUUCAUACACUGUAAAAUUUGUAAAUAACUUUUGGACACUCAGUCUCUGACACUGGACCAACCGUGGAAAAUGUUUCUUCUUGCGCCACCUCCGACAAACUUCUGUAAUGUUUCUGAUCAGUUUUCUGUGUCGCAGAGGGAAGAGGACACAGAAAUAUAUUCUAAAGGGUAGAAAAGCUUGACAAAGCGUAGUCUCAGUGAUCUGUAAAUAGUAAACUAUAUAUAUACAUACACACACACAUAUAUAUGUAUAUAUACAUAUAUAUAUAUAUAUAUAUAUAUAUAUAUAUAUACAGUACAGUGCUUUUUUACCGAGCAACUUUUACAAGCAAGUACAGUAACUUCGUCUCACGUGAAAGCGUUGCGACAUGAAGUCACUUUAGGGUACACAAAAGCUUACCAUCGUUUUCGCGAAAGGCAAGAGAGGAGAACACAUACACACAACAACAACAACAACAACAACAACAAAAAAAA